GUCAAACUUAGAGGCUGCGUGUUAGUUGAGUGGACGCGCUUGGACCAAAAACCAGCGAACUGGGAGCUCAUUUGUUCGGCAGACCAAGGCAGUUGGUUGAAAUGUCUUUUAUAUUUGACUGGAUCUACAGGAGCUUCAGCAGUGUCUUGCAACUAUUAGGGUUGUACAAGAAGACUGGCAAGCUUGUGUUCCUUGGACUAGACAAUGCUGGAAAAACAACACUCCUGCACAUGCUCAGAGAUGACCGGCUAGGACAGCAUGUGCCAACACUACAUCCAACAUCUGAGGAACUGACUAUUGCUGGGAUGACCUUUACGACCUUUGACCUUGGAGGUCAUACACAAGCACGAAGAAUCUGGAAGAACUACCUCCCAGCCAUAAAUGGUAUAGUCUACAUGGUGGAUUGUGCUGAUCAUGAUCGACUAGCAGAGGCUAAAGUUGAACUAGAUGCAUUAUUAACAGAUGAAACCAUCUCCAAUGUCCCGGUUCUCAUCUUGGGGAAUAAGAUAGACCGUCCAGAGGCCAUCAGUGAGGAUUCACUGAGAGAAAUGUUUGGUGUUCAUGGGGAAACAACUGGAAAGGGCAAAGUAUCUUUGAAGGACUUGAAUUUGAGGCCAAUGGAGGUUUUCAUGUGCAGUGUGCUGAAGAGACAAGGAUAUGGAGAUGGUUUCCGCUGGCUUUCACAGUAUAUUGACUGAUUUGCGUUCUUUUAAUAACUUUAACUUUUGCCUGUGCACAGAGACACAUUUUCCACACAAAACUACAGCCAGCAGAGAGAUAUAUCUGAAUAAAUAUACUAUGUUUAUAACUUUAA